CCAAAACUAAUGUGCGUAUAUGCAGUGCCUCCACUAGGCCGUGGGGCACUGAAACUGUUCAUACUCCACACGCGCACAAGAUUCCAGCACGCCAGCAAGCUGAGCUAGCUUGACGCCACCAUGGACGCGACGGCUAGCAGAGCCGCUGGCCGCGCCGACGAUCAGAACGGACACGUCGAUGGCGAGAAGGAGGGGGCGGCCAAGAAGGUGUCGCUGCUCGGCAUGUUCCGGUACGCCGAUCGCCUGGACGUGCUGCUGAUGGUGAUCGGCACGGUGGGGGCCGUGGCCAACGGCGUGGCGGAGCCCCUCGUGACGAUCCUCUUCGGGAACGUCAUCGACUCCUUCGGGGACAGCACCACAGAGAGCAUCCUCCGCAGCGUGACCAAGGUUGUUCUGGAUUUCGUAUAUCUGGGCAUCGGAGCAGCAGUUGUAUCCUUCCUUCAGGUAUCAUGCUGGACAAUGGCAGGAGAAAGGCAGUCAGCCCGCAUACGUUCUUUGUACCUUAACGCAGUCCUGAGACAAGAUAUUGCAUUCUUCGAUACAGAGUUGACAACAGGCCAAGCAGUUUCUCGGAUGUCUAGCGAUACCCUCCUGAUUCAGGAUGCUCUUGGCGAGAAAGCAGGAAAGCUUCUACAACUCUCAUCUGCCUUCGUUGGUGGUUUUAUCAUAGCAUUCACAAGAGGCUGGCUCCUAACCCUUGUCAUGCUAACAUCACUACCGCUAAUUGCUAUCGCCGGUGCAGUUUCUGCACAGUUUCUAACCAAGGUUUCUAGCAAGAAACUGACAUCGUAUGGAGAUGCUGGGGACACUGUUGAGCAGACCAUCGCAUCUAUACGGACAGUGGUUUCCUUCAACGGCGAGAACAAAGCUGUUGCAAUGUACAACAAUUUCAUAAAGAAGGCGUACAGGACUGAUAUUGAGGAAGGCAUUACUAAUGGUUUCGGCAUGGGAUCUGUCUAUUGCAUUUUAUUCUGCAGCUAUGGCCUAGCCUUCUGGUACGGUGGAAAGCUAAUAGUUGGCAAAGGAUAUACUGGUGGGAAGAUCAUUACAGUUUUGUUUGCUGUGUUAACCGGUGCAACUUCUCUAGGCAAUGCAACACCCUCUGUUUCAGCAAUUGCGGAGGGUCAAUCUGCAGCAUACAGAUUGUUUGAAACGAUUGAGAGGAAACCAGAGAUAGAUUCAGGUGAUACCAGCGGCGUGGAGUUAGAUGAUAUCAAGGGUGACGUUGAGCUAAAAGAUGUUUACUUUCGCUACCCUGCAAGACCUGAUCAAUUGAUAUUAGAUGGAUUGUCAUUACAAGUAGCCAGUGGAACAACAAUGGCCAUAGUUGGAGAGAGUGGAAGUGGCAAGUCAACUGUUAUCAGCCUAGUUGAAAGAUUCUAUGAUCCACAGGCUGGUGAUGUUUUAAUAGAUGGCAUUAACAUCAAGACUCUUAGGCUUAAUUGGAUAAGAGGGAAGAUAGGUCUGGUUAGCCAAGAACCACUGCUCUUUAUGACCUCCAUCAAGGAUAACAUUAUGUAUGGUAAAGAAGAUGCCACACUUGAAGAGAUCAAGAGAGCAGCUGAGCUUGCAAACGCAGCAAACUUCAUUGAUAAGUUACCGAAUGGAUAUGAUACAUUGGUUGGCCAACGUGGUACACAGCUUUCUGGAGGACAAAAACAAAGGAUUGCAAUUGCAAGAGCCAUCCUCAAAGAUCCAAAAAUACUUUUGCUUGAUGAAGCAACAAGUGCAUUGGAUGUGGAAUCUGAGCGGAUAGUUCAGGAGGCACUGAAUAGGAUAAUGGUACAAAGGACCACUCUUGUUGUCGCUCAUCGUUUGAGCACUGUAAGGAAUGUUGACUGCAUAACAGUUGUUCGUCAAGGGAAGAUAGUUGAACAAGGUCCUCAUGAUGCACUAGUGAAAGAUCUCAAUGGUGCUUACUCCCAGCUUAUUAGGUUACAAGAGACUCGUGCUGAUGAGAGGCGUAAAAUACCAGACUCUGGGGUGCCAGAUUCCAGAUCAAAAAGCACUAGUUUGUCGCUUAGACGGUCAAUAACUAAAGAUUCUUUUGGUAGCAACAGAUAUUCCUUCAGGAACCCCUUAGGAUUGUCUGUUGAGUUACAUGAGGAUAAGAUCACAGAUGGACAGAGAAGAGAAGAGCUCUCCGAUGUUGUGGCCCUUAAGAAAGCACCAAUUGGAAGACUUUUUCAUCUUAACAUGCCAGAAGUGUCAGUUCUUCUGUUAGGCUCUAUAGCAGCAUCAGUGCAUGGAGUCAUUUUCCCAUUGUUUGGUAUACAAAUGUCUGGUGUUAUAAAAUCGUUCUACGAACCACCAGAUAAGCUGCAAAAAGACACUAGCUUUUGGGCGCUGAUAUCUGUUGUUCUGGGGGUUGCUAUUUUGAUUUCAAUCCCAGCAGAAUAUUUUUUGUUCGCGAUUGCUGGUGGCAAGCUUAUAAAGCGUAUUCGUACGUUAUCAUUUCAAAGCAUUGUGCGGCAAGAAGUUUCUUGGUUUGAUAAUCCGUCAAAUUCCAGUGGGGCACUUGGUACAAGGCUCUCAAUUGAUGCGUCAAAUGUCCGGCGCUUAGUAGGAGAUAACUUAGCCCUUAUAGUGCAGUCUGUAGCUUCAUUAACAACUGGCUUUGUCAUAGCUUUUGCGGCAGACUGGAGGCUUGCACUGAUCAUCACAUGUGUGAUUCCUUUGGUGGGUGCACAGGGUUAUGCUCAAGUGAAGUUCAUGAAGGGGUUUAGCGAAGGUGCUAAGGAGAUGUAUGAAGAUGCAAGUCAAGUUGCAACUGAUGCUGUUGGUAGUAUCAGAACUGUCGCAUCUUUCUGUGCAGAGAAAAGAGUGGUCACAACAUACAACGAGAAAUGUGAAGCCCUAAGGAAACAGGGAAUUCGAAGUGGAAUUGUUGGAGGACUUGGUUAUGGUUUCUCAUUCUUAGUUUUGUAUCUCGCAUACGGCCUUUGUUUCUAUGUUGGUGCACAGUUUGUACGUCAAGGAAAAACUACUUUUCCAGAUGUUUUUAGGGUUUUCUUUGCCUUAGUUUUGGCAGCUGUUGGGGUUUCACAGGCAAGUGCACUGGCUUCUGAUGCAACUAAGGCAAGGGAUUCUGUUAGUUCCAUUUUCAGUAUUCUAGAUCGGAAGUCCAAAAUUGACUCAAGUAGCGAUGAUGGUCUGGCACUGGAGAAUGUCACCGGCAACAUUGAUUUCAACAAUGUUAGUUUCAAGUACCCGUCACGCCCUGAUGUCACGAUAUUUAGCGACUUUACCUUGCGCAUUCCUUCCGGAAAGACAGUGGCGCUUGUUGGAGAGAGCGGUAGUGGCAAGUCCACAAUAAUUGCUUUACUGGAGCGAUUCUACGAUCCUGAUUCUGGUGGAAUCUCACUAGAUGGAGUUGAAAUUAAGAGCUUAAAAGUUAGCUGGCUAAGGGAUCAAAUGGGGCUGGUAGGCCAGGAGCCAGUGCUUUUCAAUGAUACCAUCCGUGCCAACAUAGCAUACGGGAAACAUGGAGAGGUAACAGAGGAAGAGGUUCUGGCCGUGGCCAAGGCAGCCAACGCCCAUGAGUUCAUAUCAAGCUUGCCACAAGGGUAUGACACCAUGGUCGGCGAGAAAGGAAUUCAGCUGUCUGGCGGGCAGAAACAACGGGUAGCCAUUGCAAGGGCCAUGGUAAAGGAUCCUAAGAUACUACUCCUUGAUGAGGCAACCAGUGCCCUGGAUGCCGAAUCGGAGCGCAUUGUUCAAGAUGCACUGGAUCGGGUCAUGGUCAGCCGCACCACCGUUGUGGUGGCGCACCGCCUCUCCACAAUCAAAGGGGCUGAUAUGAUUGCAGUCCUCAAGGAAGGCAAGAUUGCAGAGAAGGGAAGGCAUGAAGCCCUGAUGCGCAUCAAGGAUGGAGCCUACGCCUCACUAGUGGAGCUCCGCUCCAACUCCGAAUAGAAUGAUGUAUUUAUAUAUUGACCAUUUGUUAAUCUGCACAGGUACAACUACCCAUAGAAUCCAACUGUUCGUUAUUUUGGAAGCUAGUGCAGAAUUUGAGCGGAGGCAUUUUGCAGUAUGUUGCGCGGAAGGCCCUCGGAUCUUGGUAGGUGAUGAGAGAAAAU